GAGCUGCGUGGGAAUGGCUGGGGCUGUGCGCGAGGGGCCGGGCCGCUAGAGCAGAGCCGAGCGCUGCGUGAGUUUGUAAUGUCCGCCAUGUUGGCCAUGGCGUGUUGAACCGGGGAGAGCAGCGGAGCCUGGGAAAAAAACACACCGACAGAGAGCGACCGAGACCCGGCCUGCGCGGCUCUGUGCGCCGCUACGGACCCGAGCCUUCCGUGAACCGCCCGGCCGACUCCCCGAGACUGCACAGACUCAUCCAUGAGCACUAGAAGCAGUACUGCUGUUGUUCUUAGCAGACCGAGUAGAUUUAUGCUGCGGAUUUAAAAUAAAAAUGAGUAAAUUGUCGUUUCGGGCGCGGGCUUUGGAUGCUAGUAAGCCUCUACCCGUCUUCCGCUGCGAGGAUUUGCCUGACCUGCACGAAUAUGCCUCCAUCAACCGGGCAGUGCCGCAGAUGCCCACCGGGAUGGAGAAGGAGGAGGAAUCGGAGCAUCACCUCCAGCGAGCCAUCUCAGCGCAGCAAGUUUGGGGAGAGAAAAGGGACAACAUGGUCAUCCCAGUCCCAGAGGCCGAGUGCAACAUCCCCCACUACGAGUCCCUGUACCCUGGGGAGUUCAAGAUGCCAAAGCAGCUCAUCCACAUACAGCCUUUCAGCCUGGACACAGAGAAGCCAGACUAUGACCUGGACUCUGAGGACGCGCUGUUUGUGAAGGAGAAGGAGAUCACAGAGCUACAGUUUGAGGAGAUGAUCGAUCGCCUGGAGAAGGGCAGCGGACAGCAGCUGGUGAGUCUGCAGGAGGCCAAGCUGCUGUUGAAGGAGGACGAUGAGUUGAUAAAGGAAGUGUUUGAAUACUGGAGCCACAAAAGGAAAAACAGUGGAGCGCUGAUCCCAGCCGUUAAACAGGAGAAACGGGACAGCUCCAGCACCAGCGACCCCUAUGUGGCCUUCAGGCGCAGGACUGAGAAGAUGCAGACCAGGAAGAACCGAAAGAACGAUGAGGUGUCUUAUGAGAAGAUGCUGAAGCUGCGCCGGGACCUGAGUCGAGCGGUCACCAUUUUGGAGAUGAUCAAACGUAGAGAGAAAAGCAAGAGGGAACUGCUGCACCUCACACUAGAGAUCGUCGAGAAGAGAAAUGCGAUGCCUGACCUGGGAGCGGAGGUAAUGGCAGAGGCAUUGGCGCAGAGGGCUCUGGUCAAACCGGUCUACACCAUCCCCCUACUGCCCCUGUCCAAUAGUCAGUACAGACACCCCGACCUGAAUGAGCUCAAGGACUACAAGAAGCCGGAGAAAACAGAGCCAGUUCGAACAAAGAGGAAAUACGAGAAGAAGCCGAAGAUUCCUGUGUCUGCGGCGCAUCACUCAGGCCCCGCCUUCUUCAGUCCCAAAGACCUCAACCAAUACGACUUCCCCAGCUCCGAUGACGAAUACUCACAGAUUGUAUCAGGCUCAUCAGAAGCAGAGGAGGAGACGGAUCCAGAUGGCAACUUUGCAUUCAGGAGGAAAUCGGGAUGUCACUACUACGCUUCUCGGCCAGAACAGAGUGGGAACUGGCCCUGGAUGAGCCCAACUGAAGGAGGACUCGGAGAUCCUCGUUUCCGAUUCUGUCUGACGUCCCUGAACGCACCACGGAGAUGUGUGGGUUUGGCCAGGCGGCGAGUGGGCAGAGGCGGCAGGAUCUUGUUGGACCGGGCACACUCAGACUUGGAUCCUGGACUAGACCUGGCCUCGGUCUCUCCUCUGGACUCUCCUCUUCACAGACGCAGUACCUCAGACAACCACACAUCGGACCUCAGCUCUCCCCUCCCCCCUCCCUCCUCCAAAACACCCGUGGACCUAUCCCAGAUCCUUUUGAACAUUAAGUCUUGCCGCUGGAGGCACUUCAGACCACGGACAGUAUCCCAGUAUGCACCGGGGUCGGGGGGCCUGUGUCGUGGUGGAUUUAGGGAUUUAAGCCGGACUGUAUCUGGACUAACGCGGACUCUAUCAGCUCAGACCAGGACUGGACCGGGACAACUUCCAGUCAAUGUGUUCACAGUAGAGCAGUACCAACAUCACCAGGAGCAGGUGGCUCUCAUGCAGAGACAGCAACUGGAGCAGAGUCAACUACAACAACAGCAAACUACUGCGACUACUGCUCCCCAGCCCACCAAAACACAGACUAACUCGUCUAAGACUUUGGACCAGGCGUCUGCUCAGUUUGCGGCCUCUGCUCUGGUGAUGUCAGAGCAGCUUGGGACGUACAAAUCCAAAGACGAGAUCCUCCUCAACACUGGAGUCAACGGAGUGCUCACCAACGCCGGUGUAUUCAAAGGCCUACACCUCUCCAGCGCCCCCUCUGCCCCUCAGCCCUUCUUACAGCCCAACUCCUCCAGCCCAUCCCAGCCCCCCUCCACCCCUCACCCCACGGCGGCUGCAGCGGCCCUGGGUCUCCUUGGUAACGCGGCACCCUCCACCACUCAGGUCCUGAUCGGGAACAACUUGUGUCUGAGCGUCCCGACCUCCCGCCACCUGCCCCGCGCCCUGGCAACCGUACCCGCCUCCGCCUUAAAACUGUCCUCCAACGCCAACCUACCCAGCCUACCCAACUUACCCAACCUACCCAGCCUGCCCAAAGUGUCCAGCUCCCAGAGUAUGGACAUGGCUGCAAGGGAAAACCACGAGGAAGAGAAAGCGUCUCUGAAUAGUUUAUCUGAUAACACAGUGGCUAUGGAGGUGACGUAGCAUCAGGAGUCCUCACCCGCGCCGCGCUUUUUAAUCUCAUUUUGUUACUGUUAAUGAAAAAAGAGAAAAAAUCCAAGUGUAAAUUAUGAAUAUGGCUAAAUUAGUAUGUGUACAUUAACAUAUUUGUAAUAACCCUGUAUAUAUGACUUGAAUACGAACUGUCCAUUUGUGAUGUUUUGCACUUGGGAGUCGAACUAAAUGAAAAAAGCCAAGUAGAUGGAGGAGAGUCUUUGGCUGUGUUCGAAUGUCCACACUAUUCCCUACAGGGGGCACUGUUUAGGAUUUCCGACAGUAUACCUGGAAAAGUAGUGUGCGAGAGUCGGAAAAACGACAGCGGACAGCGACAGGUCUUUAACUGGACACAACACGACUGAAUAAAAGCAGAGAAGCACUGGUUUAUCGCUAAGAAAACACAAACUGUUACCGUUAGCUGCUUACCUUAGCUCAGGUUGUUUAUAGCUCGAUAAUUUCCACAUCUCAGACAAAAAGCUGAUUUAUCCAGUCUGUUUAAGUGAGAUUCACCUUAACAAAAACUUGUAUGGUUGUUAGUCCAUAAAUACUUGGCCUGUAUUCGACUAGAGACAUCGAUCAAUUAGUCAACUAAAAAGGGGCGUGGCUAAAGCUCUAAAAACUAUGACGCAUCUCUGUGUAUCUGACCCAAACUGCACUCACAAGACUACACCUGCACGGGAGUUUAUGCAAAAACAACUAUUUAUGCAGAAAAAAGUACUAGGAAACAAUGUAUUUAUCUAAAGACAGAUUAAACUUGUGAAAAAUGGGUUUAUAAGGAUUUAUACAGGACACCAGCAGAAAGGAGAGGGCGAGUGAGCAAGCUGAAGAUUGGGGAUUUUUUGAUAUUUGUAUGUAAAAAGUCAGAUUAAUCUUAAAAAACAUGAUCUAAUACAAGUUUAGUGGACUUUUUUCACCAGUAUAAAUGGUCAGGGUCACAUUUUUAUAUAGCGCUUUUCCACCUUCAAGACCCUCUAACCACUCAUUCACACACACACAAGAGCGGGAUUCGAACCGUCAACUUUCAGAUCAGAGUCCAAACUACCAAGUGAGCUACUGUGGUGAAUGGGAGGGGGGUCAGGGACUAGGGGAGACAUUCGGACACAGCCGUUAACAUCAUGUGCAUGGUGCGGAGCCUGCUGGUUUUAUCUAUUUAUUGUGCUGUGUUUACAACAACUUCCUUUUGGUUUGUUUUUUUUGUUUUUAUUUUAUUUGUACACUGUACCUUUGUUGGUUCCUGUGCUGUAGUAAAUGUUAGCUAGCUCGGACUCCUGGGUAUUUUUGUAAAGUGUGAAGCAGGCCCCGCCCACAACCCAAACUUUCAUUUUUGAGUCCUUCUGGUUUUUCUCUCUGUGGACAAAAACGUAACAAAAAUCAAGCUAAAACUAUCUAAGAGACUGGCACUACGAAACUAGAACUAUCAAAGAUUAAAAUUGCUUUUGCUUAAAGCUGCCUUAUGCAACGUUUUUGUUUCCCUUUUAUAUUUAUCACAAAGUUACUUCUGUCACACUUUAACUUCUUAUAAAAGUUGCAUUGUUCUUUCUAAAUAUACUCAAAUUUAUCACUUAUGAGUGGUCGCUUGGUAUGAGGUCUGCAACAUUAAUCGCAAUUUAAUCAAAAACACAAUCAGAAAAUAGCACAGGCUGUGAGUUUAGAUCUUUACAAACAUGUUCUGGAAUGCCCCUGUGUGUCAGAUGCCCUCCCUGUGUCUCCAUGGGGUCUUAUUCUGCACACAAACUGCUAACCCUGUAGUUCAGAUCAAUACAAACAUGUUCUGUCGUGUUUGUUAGUUCAGAUUUCAGUCUUUUGCUCUGUUUUUAGACGUGUUUACAAUGCGACCUUUGAGCAGACCUAUCACUAAACAACAAAUCUGCUUGCAAAGCUUGAAAAAUGUCAAGUGGAUAUUUUUUUUCCCUUAUUUUUCAGCCCUACUUAGUACUAUCCAUAGGCAGUGUACAUUUUCUGUUAAUUUGAACAUAUCAUUUUCAAACCGUGCCUUGUUCACGACUGAAUUUGCUUAUCAGUGAUGCUAACAGGCUAAUGCUAAUGAAUUGAAUCAGCUGGCGUUCAGUAGUUUUUGUCCCUUUUUAGUGUCAAGCUUUUUAAAUGUUUAUUCCCCAUUAUGUACAAAAUAAUAUAUACACAAAAUCCAGGGCUAAAGUUCAAAUGAAAAACCCACUUUCCAAAAAAAAAAAAAAAAAAAUUCACUAUUUAAAACAUAUCUAGUAGUGUAUUGAUCUUGUUUUGUAGUACCAGUCCACCACAGAGAAAACCAGGGGGCGCUCAUCAUCUUUAUCCCACCUCCCCUCCACACAGGGAUGAAGUCUCUUCCCAGAAGCCUUUGCUGCUUCCGUUUUAAGCACUAUAUUUUUGUUAUGUUUUGUUUUUGAUAACUCAGUGCUGCUUUUGUAUUCUUUUAAUGAGGUCCUUUUAUUUUCAUGCAAGUGGUAUCCCCCCCAACCUCAUUGUGUAUCCCACCGACUUUUUGUAAAACAGAAAUCAGUUAUUUUUGUAUUUUUUAUUGUGGUGAAUUUGAUUGUAAGCUUUUUUUUAAAUUGUUUUUUGGAAGACUUCAUUCUUUAGCCUAGUUUUUACCACGAUGGACGGUUUUGGGGCGGUACGGCAUUUCCGAUCUUUUGCAUUGGCUUGGUGUCGAUCAUAUCACGUUUUCUUUCAUAUCAAGAGUUAUAUCUACUUGUACAAAUAGCCAUUCUGAACAUGCAAAAAAAUGUAUAUUGGUUCCCAUUAGAAAAGCCAUUUGUGGAUUACUCCCAUUUUAACCAGUCACAUCCUGCGGUGUUAUCCUGUUUUGUGGGACAGUACACAGCUCCUUUAGCCAAUGUAAACUCGUGUAAAUCCAGGCCGUACCAGACUGAGCCGGGCCAUGUUGUUGGUUCAAACUCUGCUAACUGUUCAUUAUGUGGUGUCAUGCAUAGGUGAAAAGGGAGGAGUGUGUAUGUGUUUCAUCAUUCCAGUUUUAUAUCAAAAAUACUGAGGGCAGAGGGGCUUGUGGGUAAUCUCUGCCUCCUCUGCUCCUCUUUCUGUUGAGUUGUUUUUUCUUUGUGAAAAGAAUCUCCGGGCGGCUGCGAGGCCAUACGUUUUGGGUGCCUUCCUUUGGGGAAAGAGUCUCUCUCUUCUGUGAAGAGGUCCAGGGCACAGGCCGCGGUACUGCGGAGUGCGGCUGCAGCGUGUGUCAAUGUGUGAGUGUGUGCGUGAAUGUGUACAUGUGUGAGCAUAUGAUUGUGUACGUGUGUGUGAUUGUGUAUGCAUGUGAGCGUAUGUGUGUGUGUGUGUGUUUACCUGGAGGCUGAAAAGACAAAACAUGUGAUGACUCUCACUAAAAUAAGAAUAAAGCCUAGGGCAUUAAAUGUGAA